AUGGGUCGCAAAGCCAGAUUAAAGCAGGCGCCUCCUCAGCCCCUCCCCGGGAGCGACAUGGACAAGAAGAGGAAAAAGAAGGGCUCCGCCGCGCCUAACCCCGCCAAGGCUAUCAAGGCGACCAAGCCUGCCCCGGUUAAGCGCAAGCAGCGCGUCAAGGCUGUCGACCGGGUAGACGACGACAGCGACGAUGAGGACGCUCUUCAGGGAGGUGACUGGUCUUCGGAUGAGGAGGAGGUCCCCAAGAAGAAGCAGAAGAAGUCGAAGGGCAAGAAGAAGGAGGACUCGCCCGACAUCGAGCGUGGAGAGGUUCGCGAGCUCGUCUUCUCCGACAGCGAGGACGAGAUUGAUGCCAACGGCAAGGAGAGCAUGCCCACCGGACAGCACAUGUUUGACCUCGACCAGGCUCCGGAGGACGAGAGCGACGAGGAGGACGAGAUGGAGGACGACGAGUUCGCCUUCCCGGACGACGAGGAGAUGGAGGAGGAUGAUGAGGUCGACAGUGCGUUUGCCUCCAGCGACGAGGGCGAGCCGGAGGAGGCUAUGGACGAGGAUGAGGAGGAGGGCGACGAGGACGGUAUUCAGACCAACCUCGAGGAUGACCUUGAGGACGAGGGCUUCACGCUUCCGGCUGUCGACGGCGUGGUUGAGGAGUACGAGCACGGUGUGUCGCUGCGUGAUGUUGAGAACCGCAUGCGCUGGCUCACGCGGGUGUGCUCGGCCAAGGAUGAGAAGAUCAACGGUGUUGCCGGCAAGUCGCGGUCAGACCACCUCUUGCAGCUCGAGCACGACAUCGCGACGUACUUUGGCUACAACCACUUCCUGGUGAACAAGCUGAUGAAGCUCUUCAACGCCGACGAGGCCCUUGCCUUCUUCGAGUCGAACGAGUCCCCCCGCCCUGUCACCAUCCGCGCCAACACCCUCCGCACACGCCGUCGCGACCUCGCUCAGGCUCUCAUUAACCGCGGCGUCACUCUCGAGCCCAUCGGCAAGUGGUCCAAGGUCGGUCUUCAGGUCUUCGAGUCGCCCGUUCCCGUCGGUGCCACCCCUGAGUACCUCGCCGGCCACUACAUGCUGCAGGCGGCUUCAUCGUUCCUGCCCGUCAUCGCCCUCGCUCCUCAGCCGGGAGAGCGUGUCCUCGACAUGGCUUCGGCUCCCGGAGGAAAGACGACGUACCUCUCCGCGCUCAUGCAGAACACCGGUACCGUCUUCGCGAACGACUCGAACAAGGCGCGUACCAAGUCGCUCACUGCCAACGUGCACCGCAUGGGGUGCAAGAACGUCGUUGUGUGCAACUACGACGCGCGCGAGUUCCCGAGGGUCAUCGGCGGCUUCGACCGUGUCCUGCUUGAUGCGCCGUGUUCCGGAACCGGUGUCAUUUCGAAGGACGCCAGUGUCAAGGUGAACAAGACGGAGAAGGACUUCCAGAUGCUCGCGCACCUGCAGAAGCAGCUUAUCCUUUGUGCCCUGGACUCGAUCAACCCCAACUCCGCUACGGGUGGAUACCUCGUCUACUCGACGUGUUCGAUCACGGUCGACGAGGACGAGAGCGUCGUCGACUACGCGCUUCGAAAACGCCCCCACGUCAAGCUCGUCGAGACCGGACUCGAGUUCGGUGUCCCCGGCUUCACCUCCUUCGAGGGCAAGCACUUCCACCCCUCGCUCUCGCUUACGCGGAGGUACUACCCGCACAAGCACAACAUGGACGGCUUCUACGUUGCCAAGUUCAAGGUCGGCAAGCGUCUCAAGAAGUCGGAGCGCAAGGCUGAGGAGGCCGAGGCCCCUGCCGCCGACGGCGACGUUGAGAUCAACGACGAGGCCAACACGUCUGCAUUCAACGCCGAGGAGGACGAGGAGUACAUCAAGGAGAGCAAGCGCAAGCACCUCCUUAAGACCAAGGGCAUCAAGCUCGCCAAGAAGGGAGGCAAGGAGGAGGAGGAGUCCAAGCCUGAGCCCAAGCCUUCCAAGGCUAAGAAGAGCAAGAAGGUCACCGAGAAGAGGAGGAAGUAG